AUGCAACGACUGAACUUCCUCCUCCUCCUUGCUUUGACACUUUGUGUCAACGCAGCCAACAACACCAAAUGUCGCUGCUUCCCGGGUGAUCCAUGCUGGCCCUCAUCGCAGGAAUGGACUGACUUCAACACCACUCUCGGUGGCAAGCUGAUCUCGACAGUUCCCCUCGGCAGCGUAUGUCACACCAGGGGCGAGUCCUCGGGCUAUAGUGAGCAUGCAUGCGCUAAUUUGAUCGCCGACUGGGGGUUUCCCGCUACCCACUACUCAACCGGCGCCUCGCCAAUGGCGUCCUGGUUCGCCAAUUUCUCUUGUGACCCGUUCAUGCCACGAGACUCGCCUUGUACUAUCAUCAGCCUGCAGCGCUAUGCGGUCAAUGUGAGCGGGGUCCAGGAUGUGCGAAAGACAAUACAGUUUACCAGAGAACACAACAUCCGCCUGGUCAUUCGCAAUACCGGGCAUGACUAUCUCGGAAAGUCGACUGCGCCUGGUGGCCUUGCUCUGUGGAUGCAUCAUCUGAAGGAUACUAAGUUUUUGGAGUACAAUUCAGAGGCUUACAGCGGCCCCGCCUUGCGACUGGGCGCUGGUAUCCAGGGAUUCGACGGGAUGGCUGCGGCACAUUCCCAGAACAAGGUUAUCUUGGCUGGGAACUGCGAGAGCGUGGGAAUCGCAGGUGGAUAUAGCCAAGGUGGAGGCCAUGGCCAACUUGCUUCUCGGUUUGGUCUGGCAGCGGAUCAGGUCCUUGAGUGGGAGGUGGUGACUGCCGAUGGACGGCAUCUCAUUGCCUCCUCUGAAAGAUACUCUGAUCUGUUCUGGGCUCUCUCUGGCGGAGGUGGUGGCACCUUUGCUGUGGUCAUGAGCGUUACUGUCAAGGCCCAUCCAGAAGUUGGCACGGCCUCGGCAAAUCUCACAUUCAGCGGGGCUUGUGUCGCUACGGAUGUUUUCUGGAAUAUCGUUCGCAACUUCGUUGUUGAGAUUGCUCCAAUGGUGGAUGCUGGAGCGGUGGCUAUCUGGGCUGUUAUUGGGAAAACUUUCAGCUUGACACCUAUCUCUUGGCCUGGCGGUACCGUGGAACAACUGCAAAAUGGUCUGGCAUCCACUCUGGCUCUGCUGGAAAACAACACGAUCAAGUAUGCCUAUCACAUCCAACAAUUUCCCACCUUCUGGGAUAGCUACGCCGCCAUGAAUCCGCGCAGCAAUAUCACAGAGGCUCAGGUUGGAGGUCGACUCAUACCCCGCUCAGUUCUUGAUUUAGAUCCGUCAAGCCUCAUCGCAAUAUUGAGAGGAAUUUCUGAGCUAGGAGUUGUGGUAUCGGGUGUUUCACUCAACGUCUCACGGCCCCCAGUCUCCUACAAUGCUGUCAACCCAGCCUGGCGAGAUGCUGCCAUUUCCAUCGUCCUUGGAACGGGCUUUAACUAUACCAAUCGUGACGAGGAUGUCAAGUGCCAAUCAUUGAUGACCGAUGUCCUAAUUCCUCGUAUAACUGCAAUCAGCCCUGACAGUGGCGCAUACCUCAACGAGGCGGAUUGGAAGCAGCCCAACUGGCAAUCGACUUUCUACGGCAGCCAUUACCCAGCUCUGGGAGCAAUCAAACAGAAAUUCGACCCGGAUGAGAUUUUCUACGCCCGCACUGCUGUCGGAAGCGAGGCGUGGACCGAGCAAACUGAUGGCAGGCUUUGUCGAGCUUGA